UAAGUCACGUGACAAACAAAAUGGCUGCUGUCAAGCACGUUGUUUUGGACUCGGGUGCAUUUUUGAGGAAUGCUCCUGUUCAGGACAUUGGGGAGACCCUGUAUACGAUCAAUGAUGUUGUUGGUGAAAUUCGUGACAAGGCAACCAAACAGCGGCUGCAGGUUCUUCCAUACACACUCAAUUUCCGUGAACCCUCAUCGGAAGCAGUUAGAGCCGUGUCUGAGUUUGCAAAGAAGACAGGAGAUUACAGAAGUCUGUCAGCAGUGGAUAUUCGGGUGAUGGCCCUCACCUAUCAGCUUGAAAAGGAGUUUUGUGGAACAGAGCACAUCAAAACUCAACCGGAGAAACAGGUUGAAUGGAAGUCCAGUUCUAAACCCCUGGAGAAGGCGAGAGACAUUGCAGGCUUCUAUGUCAAACAGAAGAAUGUCGGAUCCUCCAGAACAGUGUCAGAGUGUUCGGAGCAGACAGAACUGCGGUCAGAAGAUGUCCCAAAUAUUGAUCCUACAUCUGAGCAUCAUGAUGAUUCAAGUGAGCAAGAAAAGAAGGAAGUUGUAGAAACUGAUAACCAAGACUGUAAAAAUAGUGAAUCUGAAAUGUCGGACAAAGAAACUGUAAGUGAAAAUAUAGAUGUAGAUCAGAAAGCUGAUGAUAAGUGUUUUGAGUCGCAAGAAGGAGAUGUCAUACCGGAAGGUGAUAUUGGGGAAGAAUCUGACAGCGACGAUGAUGAUGAUGAUAGUGGUGUUGAUGAUGAUGACGAUGAUGAUGAUGGUUGGAUCACCCCGAGCAACAUCAAGGCAGUGAAGGAGAAGAUGGGAGGGGACACUGUGGAGAAGGCCGUCAUACAGGUUGGAUGUCUCACCACAGACUUUGCCAUGCAGAAUGUCCUUAUUCAAAUGGGACUGAACGUUGUAUCUGUAGACGGCAUGCUGAUCAAGAGGGCCAAGAGCUUUGUACUGAGGUGCUUUGCCUGUAUGAAGAUCACAACGAACGUGCAGAAGCUGUUCUGUCCCCAUUGUGGCAACAAGACCUUGAGCAAGGUCUCCAUGACAGUGAAUGAGGACGGCUCUAUACGCUACUUCCUGUCCAGGCGUAGACCACAAAACACGCGCGGCACAAAAUUCCGAUUACCUACUCCUAAAGGUGGAAAGCACACGUUCAAUCCGAUACUUGUGGAAGAUCAGCAAUUGGCUCAUAACAGAGUGUCGAAAAAGGCCCGUGCAAAAAAUGACGUUUUCGAUCCUGAUUAUGUAACAAAAGCGUCGCCUUUCAUCAUCAAUGAUGUAACCAGUCGGGCUGCCAAGUUGGGAAUUACUCCUCAGUCAAGGGGAGGCCACUAUUGGGAUAAGAGGAAUCCAAAUGAAGUUCGGAAAAAAGGCACCAAGAAAAAGUGAUUGACUGAUGUUCAGUAUAAGUUUAUGAAGUAAUGUUUAAGAAAAUUAAUCAAUAAAGAUUGUACAGUA